AUGAGCACUAGAAAGGGUGCAAGAGGAUACGACAGAGGCCGUGGAAGUACUAGGGCUGGAUCUUCGGCAUCAGGCCACAUGCCCAACGUUGAGGGGAGAGGAGCACCGGAUUCACCAGUACUCGAGACAAGGUUGUAUGAUCGAGUAGCUGGGGACGACGCUAUGAUUGAGCAGCUGGGGACGAUGCCCAACACUAGUAUUGGAAGCCAAAGGUCGAUUUCUGAGAGACUCCAGUCGAAUAGAGCCGAGAUCUUCAAGGGUAUCACAGGAGUAUCACCGGAUGUGGCUGAAUAUUGGUUGGAGGCCACCGAAAGGAUAAUGAACGACCUGGAUUGCACUUCCGAGCAAAAAUUGAAAGGAGCAGUGUCGCUGCUGCGAGAGGAAGCUUACCAGUGGUGGCUUACCGUGAAAGAGGGCACUCAGCCUGACCGGAUAACCUGGGAGUUCUUCAAAUCGGCGUUUCAAGGGAAAUACAUGGCCACAAGCCAUGUGGAUGCCCGAAGGAAGGAAUUUUUGAACUUGACUCAGGGAGAUCGAUAUGUGGUGGAGUACGAGGCAGAGUUCUUACGACUCAGUCGGUAUGCUAAAGGAAUAGUGGCAACAGAUUAUGAACGUUGUGUUCAGUUCGAAGAUGGCAUUAAAGACAGUCUUCAGGUAUUGAUUGCUCCUUAG